AUGGAUAGUAUUGAGGCUAUACUUGAACGGGAGAAAAGUAAACUUCUUUUGGAAAGAGAAAAAAAUUCGAGAUCGUUGAGAUUGAAUCGGUACGAAAAUGAGAUUGCUGAACAACGAAAAAAGCUAGAAGAAGAACGAUCCCGCCUAAUCACAUUACGCGAGACCUUCCGUUCUCGCCGUGCGGCACUCGAAGAUGCAAAGAAACGAUGUCUAACAGGAUAUGAAUAUUUGGAGGAAAGCCAAAGAAAAUUGGAACGAGAUCGGUUUAAGGUCGUAUUGAACGGGGUGCAUGUUCUUAGCGAGGCUCUGUCCGUUACCUCUUCCCGCUUGUUUGCUCGUCAACGGGAAUUGAUUGCGGACUUGUUUACUAUCUUUCCCAUUGAGCCG